UUUUAUUAGCCAAAUAUUUCCCAAUUUGAAAUAAUGAAAUACUGUAAAGCAUUGAUUACUUGCUUUUUAAACUGUUCCCGUAGUUUAUUCAACAAUAAUAUUGAAUGAUAAAAUAUUUUAGUCAAACUUCAUCAAAGUGUUUGUGUUUUAGUGUACAUUAACCAUAAUUUAAGUUAUUUACUUUUAUUCAGAGUAUGUUUCAUUUCAUAUGCAUCAGCCCAACCUAUACUUUCUAUGUUUGAUCAUCUAAAUUUCAACUAUUACCUCUCCUAACAUUGUUUAUUCAGUUUAAUUGUACCAUCAUCUUUCAUUGUUUGCCGAUAAGCAACAUUUACUCUCACUAAACACGAUGCUACAAUCUUCAUCAAAAGCCUGUUUUAAAUCUUGCCUUCUAAGAAUACCUUAUGGAACCGUUUUAGCCACAAUUUUGGCACUUUGUGGUGUUGCCAUUAUACUUGUUUCACUACUAGAAUCAACUGCCAUAGCUGAUAGAUUAAUAUUUGAAUUAUUGCAUCGUAAAUAUUUAUGGUUCAAUGAUUUCAAAGUGGUCUACAUCAUUUUUUGUGCUUUCUUAUCUGCAAUUAUACUAAUCAACCUGAUGAUUGGAUGUAUGACCACAGGUCGAAAUACUUCACAUUAUACAGGACAACCAGGCUGCACUUUUUGUGGAUCUGCGACAAGUUGUCUGGUUAAAUGUGUUUUCAUUGCCAAUUAUAUACUCUUCUAUCUUAUCCUGGCCUUAACUAUUGCAUUUACCGUUGCUCUCUUUAUUUGUUACAUAAUGUCAAGAUUAUGUAGUGAGGGUCGUACUUAUGAUGAACCCAAUGGAUCUAAUCAUCUACCUCCAAGUGAAGUCACUGACAGCUCACAACAGUUAAAUCUUAAAUUAUUUGCACCAUUGCUCAAUAUCAAGCCUAAUGAAACUGAUCAUCUACUCGUUUUUGAAGGUUACAAGUUAAAAAAAUUGUGUGUCGAUUACCUUUCCAAUCUAUACCUCUACAUUAUUCUCUGUUUCGUUGGAUUUCUACUACUUUGUUCUGGUUUUCUUAAUUAUCUGAUUAAUUUAAGUAUUAAUUGGGCAAGAAUAACAACUUCUCAAAAAUGUGCUGAACUCAUCUAUCUAAAUUCGGCUGAAAUGACUGCUUUCGGUGACGAUUCAAUUGAGGUUGGAGGCCGUUUUUAAGAUUUUUUCACAAGUUAACCUUAUUGUCAAUAUAAACUGCAUUUUUGCCGUCAAAUUCAUCUCUUUCAUCUCAUCUCAACUAUGGUAAUCAUAGUCACUCCAUAUCAUUAUACUCAUAUUACUGCAAUUAUAAUGCAUCAAAAAAGAUUGUUGAGAAAUACAAACAAACAUCAUUCCGUCCCAUUACUGGUUACAUAUUACACUCAAACUGUUCAACCCACGCUCAACUUGAAAAAUGUAAGCACCAAGUCUAUCUAAAUGCUGAUUUCUUUCAUGCUGUUUCAUUUUCACCAUCCAUGAUAAUCCCAAAACAAACAAAGGCUACACCAAAAUUGACAAAAAACAAUGACCAACGGAAAUCUAAAAAAUUCUGGUUUACCAAAUUUAAGUUAUAUUUUACAUUUUCUGUAAUGUUUGUAAUUAAUCUCUAUUUCACACUUUUGCACUCAAAAUAAACCUUUUUUCAAAUUAA